GGAUCAAAUACAUGUAUGUCAUUCGCUAGACACGCUCCAGUACCAAAAUACUUUUUCUUUUCAGUGUUCAUUCAGGUGAGACUGGAUUACGGGAAACAUGAGUCGAAGUAUAACACCACUGUGUAUGGACACAGGGUACAAGACCCUGCGAGAAUAUCUACAUGCCAGUAGACUGACUGAGGUGGAGGUGCCUCAAGAUGGACUGUGCAUACUUCACGCUGUUCAUGGGGGUUUACAGUCAUCACACACAUCUACAAGUGCACAGGGUUUAUCAAAGAAAAAUGUCAAGGACAUGGUACGCGAUGAGUUCCUUCAGCAUGUAGAUGAGUACAUGCCAUAUUCUGCUUUGAGUGAAGAAGAUACACUUGCACAACUGGAGAGUUGGGCACAGACAGGGCAGUAUGGCAGUGACUCUGUGGAUCUAAUUCUCCACAUCCUCAGCCAGGUCUUGAAUCUUCGCAUCGUUGUUGUUGAAGAGACUACCAGCCGGGUCACGAGUCUUGACCUGUUGCCUCACAGGCAAGAAGAGUGCAGUUUGAUCCAACCAAUAACAAGUGUAAUACUCAUAAAACAUGGCCAGCACUUCAAUCAUACUGUUUUCUCACGUGACAAGGAACGUUGCCCCUCCAAGAAAGAAAUUACAUAUACUAGUACCACAGAACCAAUCAUCAUUUCCAGCAAUGAUAGUGACGAUGAAUGGUAUUUAGCCAGGGAAGGGCCAACUUCCCCUACCAAGUAG